AUGCUACUCGAUCUACCCUCCGGACCGCUUUCAGUGGAUAACGUUGAAGACGCAGUCUCGCACCUCGUCACCGCUGCCGGUGACGCGCCCGAUGCGAGCAGCCUGACCCCAGUGACGCUACGCUCAGGUUCACGCUUACAUGCGCUGAUUAUUGGUAUCAGCCGAUAUGAACGACACCCUCUACGCGGAGCCGCCUCAGACGCGGAUGCCAUGCAUGCUUGUCUCCGUGACAAGUUCAACGUGCCGGAACACCAGAUCACGAUUCUACGAGACGAAGAAGCCACACGAGACGCCAUCAUCCAAGAGCUUACGGCGAUGCGCACUCGGCGGACCAUCGACAAGAAUGAUCCUAUUCUCUUCUAUUUUGCGGGAUACGGUACCUCCCUGUGGCCGCCAAACGUGUCCGGGUGGUUUAUCUCACGGGAGAAUUCAGACGAGAAGAUGCGGGCGAUAGUCCCGUACGACAGUCUGUUCAUUGAUAGGGCCAAAUGUGUCCCGCCCAUUCUCGACAGAACCCUUGCCACGCUUCUCUUCAAUGUUAUGGAGGAUAAGGGGGAUAACAUUGCAGUUAUCGUCGAUUGCUGCUACUCGGCCAAUUCCGAGACGCGUGGGGUAACUUCCUUGCGACUCCAGCGUGGCUUAGAGACGGAGGAGUUUGAUCCCAUCAAUGGGAUGCUUGACAAGGAUAUUCUGGGCGAUCGUGGCGCGCUCAGAGUCGCACCUGGCUUCAUCACAGAAGACCAUCGUUCUAAGCCACAUGUGUUCCUGUCUGCAUACAGCACGGAGGAAGACGCGUAUGAGGAUGUUACGGGAGGCGAAGGGGAAUUGUCAGUCGAAGGAGAGUUUACCCGGGCCUUACUGGACGUCUUGCACAACCUAGUGACGGACAAAGUCACAUACGUGCAGAUUGCACAACGCAUCGAGAGCGUGGCGAGGCUCAGACCUCUGUGCGAAGGGGUUGACACUGAUCGGCACCUUUUUAGUAUACGUGGACGCGAACACGGGAGAGUCGCAUUUCAGAUCGGCGUUGACGAGGACAGAUACACCUUGAGUGGUGGUACCGUUCAAGGCGUCGCGGAUGACACCGAGUUCGCCGUAUACCCAUCGCCAGAUUACAUGGCUGGCGACACACCCUUGGCGCUGAUGAUCACCGCGAACACCGCCAAACCCUUCGGCGCAGACGUACUCUGCGCGCCAUCCUCGCCGACCUCGAGUCUAGCGAUUGGAGAAACUUCAUCGUACUUCGCAGUCAUGACACGCAUGGGCAAACUCGCGGAACUCCGUCUCCAUAUCGGUCUCUUGGAGGAUCUCGUACCUGUCAUGAAGGCUGUUGCGAAGGACAGGCUUCGUGACGACUCGAGCGGUCCAGGUAUCCUCCUGGUCGACGAGACGGAGGCAAGCCUCAGCGCUCGGGCUACACAAGAUGGCCGUAUCGAGUACUUUAUUCGAGACCCGCUGGUACAACCGCACAGCCUCGAAACGCUGUCUGUGACCACGCUCUCUACCCCCCAAUGUAUCCACCCCGUCCUCAUGGCGGCGUCCAGAUUCUUCUGGCAUUUGCAUCGUUCACCAACUUCAGGCCAACAACUCGAGGACCGUGCGAUCUCGCUUGAGAUGCAUCGUGUCGUGCAAUCCCAACCAGGAUGGAGGCCAUCCUACGAUAGAUCUGGACAGGAUCUGAUACGGUCCGGUGUUAUCAACGUCAUUCCGGACGGUAGGACGAUGUACGGGUUCACGGUGCGAAACCGCUCAGACAGACCACUCUAUGUGUGGUUAUUUUACUUCGACUGUAGUAACCUAUCCAUUCUCGAAUACUACGGAUCGCGCUCUAAGCGGGCAAUCGUUCCAGGGGAUCAGAUACUUUUAGGGGAUGGUUCCACUAAUCAAGGAGGACUACCAUUUGCAUUCUAUCUCCCCUCUGGUCAAGAGUUCGACGUCGGCCUCGUCAAAAUAUUUGUCACCACAGAGUACGUCGACCUGUCGUGGAUAUCGCAAGACUCUCCAUCCGAGCGGUCUGACGCACACUGCCCGAACAUUCAAGUAGCGGCACGACGAGACGCCACCGGUGACAUGGACGCACGUUGGAGUACAGCUCUGAUCACGAUACUGCAACGUCCAAUCUAG